AUGGCCCCUCUACCAACUCCCACCACCACCUUCCAAACCCACCAUCACCCUUCCCCCAUACUUCCCGUCCACCCUCGACAAGCAACCAUAACUGUCACUCCCUCCCCCUCUGCAAACUCUGACACCUCCUCCCCCACAGACGCCAAAACCCUCUCCGGCGGCGCCAUCGCCGGCAUAGUAAUCGGUUCCAUAGCCGGCUUCCUCCUCCUCCUCUGGAUCAUCCGCUCCUGCACCAACCUCGGUGCACCCCCCGGCGAAGCCGUCCCCGGCCGGCCGUGGUAUGGGAGUGUGCGGGGUGAAGGUCCGGUGAGAGAGGUUUAUGAGGGGAGGAGGAGUCGAAGUGGGAGUCGUGGAAGGAGGAGGGAGGGGUAUCGGGGGGGUAAUUAUGAGCGUGGGUAUGGGCAUCAUGGACAUCGUCAUCAUCACAGGCACCGGUCGGGGUCGAGACAAGGGGAGUUUGUUGGGCCGGUCGUGCAGGAGGCUGUGCCCGCUGUGGUGGUGCGGGAUGAGGCUAGGAGGAGGAGCCGGAGUCAGGGGUAUUAUGGGGAGGGGUAUGAGUAUUGGGAGAGUGGGCGAAGUAGGAGUCGAGGGGGGUAUUAA